AACACAUCCAACCUUCAACAUGACCAGUCUCACUGCUAAGGAUAAGGCCACAGUCAAGGCUUUCUGGAACAAAGUGUCCGGAAGUGCUGCGGACAUCGGCAAAGAAGCUCUGGGCAGGAUGCUGAUCGUCUACCCUCAGACCAAGAUUUACUUCGCCCACUGGAAGGACCUGAGCCCCAACUCUGCCCCAGUCAAGAAGCAUGGAAUGACUGUGAUGGGUGGAGUUGCUGAUGCUGUCAGCAAUAUCGACGAUCUGGCUGCAGGUCUCCUGAGCCUCAGUGAGCUGCACGCCUUCACUCUGAGGAUAGAUCCGCAGAACUUCAAGAUUCUGGCCCACAACAUCCUUGUGGUCUUGGCCAUGAUGUUCCCCGCCGAGUUCACUCCUGAGGUGCAUGUGUGCAUGGACAAGUUCCUGGCUGCUCUGGCCCUUGCCCUGGCUGAGAAGUACCGAUAAACAGCAGGAGAAC